GAAAAGAUCCGCUGUCCUCCAAUUCGUUUAGAGAAGGCGAGGAAAGAGGAUGUGAGGAAUCAGGAAACCUAUGAGGAAGAGCCAUGGAUUGGUUAGCUAGAUGGUGGUGGUGAGUUAAGGAGGCACUCUGAUUGGUGGGCUGUGUGGACACGUGAGAGGGGACCAGUAGAGUAGCAGCAGGGUCAUAAUAGCAGUAGUAGCAGCAGGGUCAGCUCCACUCCACACUGACUGAGCACUGGGGCAUCAUGCAGAGGAAGAGCAGCUUCACUGGGCUCCUCAUCACUGCUCUGUGUGCAGUGGCCUCUGAUAAACUCAGAGAAUAUCACUAUGUGUCUGAACAGAAGACCUGGUCAGAGGCUCAGCAGUACUGCCGUGAGCACUACACUGCCCUGGCCUUCAUCAGCAACCAGGAAGAAGUAGAUCAGCUCUCUCCCAUUUCAAGGGGUGAUUGGACCUGGAUUGGUUUGCACAGAGAUGCUAAUGACCCAACAGGAUGGACAUGGUCAGGAGGAGAGAAAUUAAAAUUUAUGUUUUGGAAAUCAGAAGAGCCAAACAAUGCUGAUGGCAUUGAGGACUGUGUCAUGGUACAGUGGGAUAUGAGAUGGUUGGAUUCUCUGUGCUCCCGGAAACACCCCUUCUUCUGCUACAAGGAGAAGCUGAUCCUGGUUCAGGAGAUGAAGACGUGGGAGGAGGCUCUGGAGUACUGCAGGGAUCACUACACAGACCUCCCCAGCCUGCUCUCUGAGACUGAGCAUCUCCAGGCCCAGAGCAGGAUGGAUGGUGCCCAGACGGACCAUGUGUGGACGGGUCUGAAAUUCCUGGCCAGAGAGUGGCUGUGGGUGAACGGGGAUCCCCUGGAGUACCAGGCCUGGACCGGGGGGAAGCUGCCCCACUGCCCCGCCCAAUACCUCCACUGUGGGACCCUGACCAGAGAUGAAGAGCACUGGGGAACCAGGAACUGUGAGGAGAGGAGGAACUUCCUCUGCUACAGAGCGUGA